GGCCUGAGCCGGCGAGGAGCAGCGGAGAGGUCGCUCGCUUUGCGCGGAGACGUGGGGGCGGCUGAGCCGCCUUCGAAGCCGCUGUCCCCGCUCUCGCGGCCCGGGAGGCGUCUGGCGGCAGGAGGAGGGCGCCGGAGCGCUCGGGGGCGGAGAGCGGGCUGGCGGUGACGCCGUCCCUGGAGGUGACGGACCGGCCGGGGCCUAGUUCACCCGAUCCGGGCACAGGAUAAUCUCAGCGGAGAGGGAACUCCGCGAGGCAGUGCAGCUGCAGGGCUUCCGUCCGUCAGGCGUGGGGCCGCUGCCAGGAGAGCGCCUCCUGGGAACCUCCUGAGAACCGAAGGCUGGAAAUUGCGGAAGACAAGAUGCCUGGCAUAUUACAAUAAGGCAGCAAGAAAACCAAAGCAGCCUUGAAACAGUGGAGAGUCACUACAAACACAUUUGGAAAAAUAAUUUCUCACCUAAAAUCAAACCCUGAUGUUCCUUUAGCACAAAGAUCACACACAUUUGAGAUACUUAGGAAACACUUGAAGCCUAAUCUACAGUACAUUAUUCAGAGUAGAAGCUAUGUAAGAAGUAAAGUUGAAUUUAAUGGUUGACUAUUUCUAUGUACUAAGUAAAAGAAAAUUCAUUCUGGAGAACAAUACAAUAAUGACAAUGAAUAAGUAAAGACUUUCAGUCAUGUCAUUAGUCAUAAGUCAUUAAACACUGGAAAACCCAAAUAAGAAAGAAACAUUAUGUCUGCAGUGAAUGUGGGAAAGCCUUUUCCCAGAAGUCAUCAAGGAUCAAAGAACGCAUACAGAAGAGAAACCCUAUGGAUGCAGCAGAUGUCAGAAAGUGUGCGGCUGGAAGUCCCCUCUCAUCUUACACCAGAGAGCCCACACAGGAGAGAAAUCCUGUCAGUGCAAUAAAUGUGGGAAAGCUUUUACUGAUAAGUCAUGCCUUAAUAAACAUCAAAGACUUCACACAGGAGAGAAACACUUUGAGAGUCAUAUAUGUUGGGAAGGCUUCAGCAAUAAGGCACAACUCCUCUGUAUCAAAGAAUUCAGACUGGAGAUAAAACCCUGCAGAUGUGACGAAUGUCAGAGAAGCUUCAGCAGUAAGUCACAGCUCAUUAUUCGUCAGAGAGCUCAGACAGGAACAAAGCCUUACGCUUACAAUGAAUGUGGGAAAACGUUCCCCCUUAAAUUUAGCCUCACUUUACAUAAAAAAUUCAUACAGGGGCAAAACCAUAUGAAUGCAAAGAACGUGAGAAAGCCUUCAUUCAGAGAUUUGAACUCAUCAGAGAACUCACACAGGAUGAAACCUUACCAUUGCAGUGAAUGUGGGAAAGGUGUUGGUGCAAAGUCACUCCUUGACACCCACUGAAGAGCUCACACAGGAGAGAGACCCUAUGGAUGCAAGCAGCAUGGAAAAACAUUCUCCAUCAAGGUUAGUCUCAUACUAUAGCAAAAAACUCAGAUGUGUGAGAAACCCUCUGAGUGUCGUCAGUGUCAAAGCUCUCACCCAAAAGUCACAUCUGGACUAUUCAUCAGAGGUCUCACAUGGGAAAGCCACCUUCUGAAUGCAGUGAAUAGCAUGAAGUCUUCAGUGGAAAUCCUAUCUCCUUAUUCAUCAAAGAAUCCACUCAGGUGAUAAUCCUUACGAAUGCCCUGAAUGUGGGAAAAACUGUCUCUCACACGAUUAGCCACAUGAUUCUUCAGAGUACAUACGGAGGAGACACUAUGGAAGCCCUGAAUGUGGGAAGACUUUUCCUAUCAAGUUUAGCCUUGUUUUACAGAAAACACACACAGUAGGGAAAAAAAAAAAAAAAACCACGAAUGCAGUGAAUGUCAGAAAUCUUUUACCCAGAAGUCACAUCUUAUUUUCAAUCAAAGCACUCAAACAGGGGAGAAACCUUAUGGAUGCAGUGUUAGAAAACUUUCUCCCACAAGUUCAGCCUCACUGUACAUAAGGAAACUCAUACAGGAGAGAAACUGAAAAUGUGAAUAUCCAAAAGUUGUCACUGGGAGAUACUAACUCAUUAUACCAGAGUUCACACAGGAGUGAAACCGCAAGAGUACAGCAAAUGUAGACAAGCCUGCUUUUCCAAUGUCCAUGUCAUUUCUCACCAGAGAAAAAUGUUGGGUAGAAUGCCGGUCAGGAAGUAAAACUCUUUUCAGUAAAUACCAACUGAAUGUAGUAGAGGAUACAAACAGAAAGGAACAUCUAUGGAUCUAUUGAUUAUGGGGACGUUAUUGGCCUGGUAUUUAGCUAUCCUGGUAUUACAGAAUUGACACUGAGGAAGAAAUUCUCUACUGAAUCUGGGGAAUCAUGCUUUCAUGGUAACAUUUUAUGGGAGAAAUCAUUUUUUUGGCUGUGUUAUAGACUGUGUUAUAUAAAUAUUAACUAUGUAAAUAAAUAUGCUUGCUACAAAAAAUAAUGAAAACAGUAUCUUGAGUAUGUAAGCAUUUUCUACCUAUUAUUAUAAAAUGAUUAUUCAUAAUUGGGAAUGGCAUGUGUUAAAUAUUGUGUAUAGGUAGUAUGUAUGCUUAAAUGUACAUAAAACUUUGUG